AUGUCAAGAACUAGCUAUCUGUCUCUUGACAAUAUAUCUAUCUACCUGUCUGUCUCUGGUCAAAUCAGUCUGUCAGUUUAUCUAUCUAUCUAUCUAUCUAUCUAUCUAUCUAUCUAUCUAUCUAUCUAUCUCUGGUCAAAUCAGUCAGUUUAUCUAUCUAUCUAUCUAUCUAUCUAUCUAUCUAUCUAUCUAUCUAUCUAUCUCAGUCUGUUCAUAUCUAUCUAUUUAUCUAUGUAUCUAUCUCAUUCUAUUCAUAUCUAUUUCUGUAGGCCUUUUUCUCCAUCAAUUUCUUCCUCUUUACUAAUAAAAAAAUCUCUUCUCUCUUUUCAUAAAACCUCUCUUUCCCUCAGUUUUUUCUUUCUUUCGCUGUCUUUCCCCCGUUCUCUUCCUUUCUCUCUCUCUCUCUCUCUCUCUGUUCCCUACUUUUCUUUUUUGCACUUUCUCUCACUUACCGCUGCCUUAUUUUAUCUUCCCUUUUUCUUUUAUUUCUUCUCUCUCAACUUUCUUCUUCCUUUUUUUCUUACUCGCAGCCUGUCUUUAUCCUGCUCUGAUAUUUCCUCCUCACUUUUAAUUCACGACAAUUUCUUUCUUCUUUUCUUCUUUUCCUGCUCCCGUUCUCUCCCCGACUCUUGCAAUCACUUCUUAUCAAUUUGA